AUGUGGUGUGAGUCAGGGGGGGUUUAGUAACGCAAAAAAAAAAAAGUAGUCUGGAUGGUCGGUUUCUUAGCAAAUAAAGCGAGAAGUGUGUGGACUUAUCUGGAUUGGAUCACCUACAAGGAGUGCGCUUUGUGUGUUUUUGCGGGAAUUAGGGAACGCUUCUUAAAGAGUUGGCGAGGAACUUCCUGUUUCAAAAUUUAGUGGUGGCAAAGAAGACGAAAAAGACGAGAAAAACACGCUCAGCUAUGGGUUAGGACUUAAACCAAUCCACCUGCGGAUUUGGAUUUUUUUCAUUUAUUUUUUUAUUUUUGCCGGAGACUUGAACUGUAAAAAAAAAAAGGUUGAUAGACUUUUUCUUGUGCUUUGUGCAUGUCUCAGGCUCUGAGUUUUGCUUUUCUUGUGUGCGUUUUCCUGCCAUUCUUCUCUGCGCUUCCUGACUGACCGCAAGCACUUCACUACUAAAAAUACUCACCAUGGACGGAGAAAUGGACUUUUAGUUCUUUUAAAAAAAACCCUCAGGAUAUAACCAUAUAUAUAUAUACAUAUAUUUGUGUAUAUAUAUUAUUUUUAAAAGGAGGAGCGAUUUUUUUUUUUUUUGCCUUUUGCGCAUUCUUCUGAGCAAAAAAAAAAAAAAAGAAAAAAAAAGUUGCACUGGUUUUUAAUUGGGAAAUUUAGUUCAUCAAAUUCAAUCCAUUUCCUGUCAGUCGGCUCAUCGGAUUGUUCUUGGCUUGAAGCUGGUGUUAAUGGAGUGCUUAAGGUUUGCGCUCACAUCCACCGUUCUCACGUCCAUCUUCAUGGAGUCCCGCGCGCUCCAUGUGUCCCGGUGCUGUGCGUCUUUUCAUGGUUAGCGCGCUUGGCUUCGGAGGAAAAGUAAGAGCGCACCAGUCCCUCUCCAUGAUCCUCACGUACAGUUUGGAAACUGGAGAGAGGGGCCGGAGAGUGUGUGCAUUUGGAGCGUUUUCCAAUUGUUUGGAUCCGUGCGUAAAGAGGAAGAAGAAAAAAAAGAAGAAGAAGAAGAAGCGCUAUGGAGCCUCUGAAGAACAUAUUUACGCGCGGCACGCUGUCCCCCUGGAAAAAUCUGGAGCAAUCCCAGAAAGGGAACUUCACCAACCCGGUGUGGACAGCGCUGUUUGAUUAUGAGGCGACCGGCAAAGACGAGCUCACCCUGCGCAAGGGCGACGUGGUGGAAGUUCUGUCUUUAGACUCGGAAAUUUCCGGGGAUGAAGGCUGGUGGGCUGGAAAGGUCAACAACAAGGUGGGAAUCUUCCCUUCCAAUUACGUCUCGCUCAAACCUAGCGGAUAUGGAAAGAUCCCGGGUCCCAGUGUGACGGGGGAAAUCGGGCCGGCAGUGGAGCUGCAGUUCGAGCCGGAGGUGCUGGAUUUCCGGGAGCUCAGCUUGCAAGAGGUGAUCGGGGUCGGCGGAUUUGGGAAGGUCUACCGCGGCACAUGGCGAGGGGAGCUAGUGGCGGUCAAGGCCGCGCGCCAGGACCCGGACGAGGACAUCAGCGUGACGACGCAGAACGUGCGCAACGAGGCGCGCCUCUUCGCCAUGCUCACGCACCCCAACAUCAUCGCGCUCAAAGGAGUGUGCUUGCAGGAGCCCAACAUGUGCUUGAUCAUGGAGUACGCGUCCGGUGGACCUCUGAGCCGUGCUCUGGCAGGGAGACGCAUCGCGCCACACAUUCUGGUCAACUGGGCCGUGCAGAUCGCCAGAGGCAUGCUGUACCUCCACAGCGAGGCUAUAGUCACUGUCAUUCACAGAGACCUCAAAUCAAACAACAUCCUCCUGGCUCAGCCGAUAGAGAAGAACGGGAUAGAGGGAAACACUCUGAAGAUCACGGAUUUCGGCUUGGCGCGAGAGUGGCAGAAGACCACCAAGAUGAGCACAGCGGGGACGUACGCCUGGAUGGCACCGGAGGUCAUCAAAUCCUCCACUUUCUCCAAGGGCAGUGACGUGUGGAGCUAUGGAGUUUUAUUAUGGGAGUUACUCACAGGCGAGGCUCCGUACAGAGGGAUUGAUGGUCUGGCUGUGGCCUAUGGAGUGGCAGUAAAUAAACUGACUCUGCCCAUCCCCUCCACCUGUCCUGAACCCUUUGCCCAACUCAUGUCAGCAUGUUGGGAUCAGGACCCCCACCACAGACCCAGCUUUGCCUCCAUUUUGUCUCAGCUGUGUGCUCUGGAGCAGCAGGUGAUGGAAGAGAUGCCUCAGGACUCCUUCCACUCCCUGCAGGACGACUGGAGACUGGAGAUCCAGGGCAUGUUCGACGAGCUGCGUGCUAAAGAAAAGGAGCUGCGAUGUCGUGAAGAGGAGCUGAAGCGUGCCGCUCUGGAGCAGAAAUCUCACGAGGAGUUUCUGCGUCUGCGAGAGCAGCAGCUGGCCCAAUGGGAGCAGGAUGUGUUUGAGAGGGAGCUCUCACUCCUCAUUCUCCACGUAAACCAAAACCAGGAGAAACCCAAGGUCAAGAAGCGCAAAGGAACCUUCAAGAAGCACAAGCUGAAAUUAAAAAAUGGGGAGAAGAUCAGUAUGCCACAAGAUUUCAUCCACAAAAUCACCGUGCAGGCUUCUCCUGGUCUGGAGAAAAGACGAAAUUCUCCCGAUUUGGGUUCUCCUUCCAUCGGUCCACGUUUCCGUGCCAUCCAACUGAGCCCCAGUGAAAGUAAGUGGAGCUCGGUGUGGCCGCUGGAAUCUCUUCCUCUGAAGGCUAACGGUGAGAGGAAGCUUGCUCCUCAUUGGAGUCCUCAAAGCCCUAAAAGCCCCAAGAGCCCCAAAGUGCAGCGCCUGAGUCCGCAGGAGAGCGGACUGUCUAUGAGAGCUCGGCUCUUGGCUUUGGACAGCAACGAGAACGGAGACUCCAAAGACGACUUUGAGGAGUACCGACCCACCACACCUGAACCAAGCCAAAAUGGCUCUAACUCGGUCAAGGAACCUUCAUGGACAGUUCUUCCAGAGGAGGACUCCGGGAGUGAAGAGGGAUAUUUGUCUCCUCGUAGUUCUCCGAACCUAGACUGUCGCUCCAGUGUUCCACCUCAUACUAAAAUCACUCACCGUGCCUUGCUCAGUGGCGCUGCUCUUCUCGCCUCCGUGGCUCUGGGACGCCAUCUGGAACCCCAGCACCCACCAACACCCCCUCCACGAACAUCCCAUAGAACUAAUGUUCCUGCUCUGGAGUUAGCCCGAGAACAGCCUCCGCUGGUUGUGUUGGACUUACCCACGGAUCCCAUCUUGGUUGGGGACCUUAUCACAUUUAGUACAGAUUCUCUGCCCCAAGCGCUUCUUGUUGAGAAUAAGCCAUUACCUUUGACCCCACCUCCUCCUAACCCCAGAGAGAGGGACAGGUCAAACCAAAAGACUGUCCAGCAUAGCUCUGCUGAGUGGAUCGCCAAUGGAGAGACCGAGAGUGAGAGUAUGAACCAGAUUGGUGACAGAAGGAGAAGAUCUAGUCAGGGACUUUCAUCACAACUAGUGUUGGAUCUACCAUUGUGUCAAGAUACUAUGGAAGCAGAUGAGAAAUCCCCGGUCCCGUUCGCUCUUUACCCCGAUCCUCGUCUUUGGAGCCCUAAAACACGGCGCCUGGAGGUAAACAUCAUACCGCGACCUCGUCCGUCCCCUAACCGACCCCGGAUAGACCCCUGGAGCUUCAUUUCAGCUGGUGGGAUGGAGAAAUGCAGCUCACGGCAUGCCAUUUCAACUAGCAGCCCCACGAGUCCAAGACUGGGGUACAGACCCUCACCUACCAACCCCUUCACGAAUUGUGACCCCUUCCCUUCCCCUGACUGUGAUCCCUUCAGUCUGAAAGCUGACCCAUCUAUAAACGCUGAUCUUCCUUCACCAUUUGAUCCAUUCUCUGCCCCUUUUCCUGUUUCUCGCUCCGCACCAUGUUCCACCAACGGGAGUCCCAACCUCUCUCUCAGGGUCGCCCCACUGAACCCUGCUGACGCCCCGUUCCUAGACCUGGGUUGGGCAGGGGUCAACAAGCCCAUAGGUGUUGCCAAAGAGAAAGUUUUCCCCAGAAAGACUCUGGGGCUUAGUCCCUUCAAGUCGCCCACGAAACAAAGAGACGACGUAUUCUGAGCUUCUACCAGAAGCCACACAUUUACCAGUUCACAUUCAAACAGCACAGGAGUAAUUGCUCCCAGUUUUGGGUGCCUUGGAGUUUUUUGUGUUCCUUUGAAAAGCUUCAGACUACCUAAGUGUUGGAUUGCAACAAAUUUUUACCUUCAUAGAAAAAACGAGGCUAAUGAUAUUUUCAGUUUUAUGAUGCGGCUCAUUUUCUUCAAAUUAGCAUCGAUCACCAUUCCAGAUUGAGGAUUCUUCCAGAACCCGGAUCAUUUUCCGUCUGACAUUAUUAGCAUUGUGACUUAUUUAAUAUGCAUUGCAUUACUUUAAGUGCCUUUAUCUCUUGGUUGUCUCAACCAGGGCGAUGUUUGGGGAGUAGUUAAAGUAAGAGCUAUAUUUCGAAUAUAGGUCUAAUUCAAAUAUCAACUUUUGGUUUUGUCAUGUGCUGUGUUAGCAUUUUUAGAUGAUUCGAUUCUGAUAUGUCUGUCUUGAGUUCAACAAGGCGUUUUUAUUUCUGCUUCUCGUCGUCACACGGAGUCCAGUCUGUAUAAACAGUCAAGCUGUUUGAUUUCAGUAUGCGAUGUUGCCUGGAUCUAAAUUCAUAUUUUUCAUAGAGCGACCAUUCCAAUCUGUAGAGGAGAACUUGCUGAUCAUUCCAUACACAUACCAAAGAAUUAAAAAAAAAGCUCAGGCCAGCGUGCAGUAUCACUAUCAACUUUUCACUUCUGCCCUUAGCAAAAUCUACAUUAGCAUACUAAGAUUAUUCUCUCGAAAUGGAUCCGUCACCCUUUAGAAAACUUCACUUUUAAUUUUCUGAGCAACAGAUAUUGAACUCUGUACAGUCUUGAGGGCCCAAUUUUCAUGCGCUAGUAGUAGUGCUUGAGGGAUUGUUACAGCUCAUCAGCACUUUAGACAAAAUAUUCAAAGCAAAGGCAUGGUCCACUAAUUGAACCAGAAAUCUGUGGCUAAUAGAUUUCAUCCGGCGUGGCUCGAGUUACAGGACAUGCCACUGAAGCAUGGUUUUCAUUGCGAUUAAACCGCUAAGUGGUUUACGUUUGAUUAAGACGGCACAGAAUAUCACAGAAAGCUUAGUUACCUUGACCAGGCUUGCGUCUCUUAAUUCGAACCACAAUGGCGAUGAUGAUGAGACGGUGCCCUAAAUCUUUUUUAUUUUAAUUAAACUACUGAGAAAACUGUGUAGCAAUGAAUAAGGCAGGCUAUCUACCUCCCUUAUGUGUAUAACGUGCAUGUACUGUACUAAAACAAUUCUUCGAGCCCAGCAUGACAGGGUUUGACUUGCUCUUCAAACUAUUUGUAUAUGUGUAUUUCCCACAUAUCAGGGAUAUUACAAACAUUUCUAUUCAUUUACACCUUACCUAGAUUGAUCAUUUAAUCGCCAAGACACCAUAGAAUCAGCAGUGCUACAAGAGACCCUGCUUCAAUCCAAGCAAAGCCUUCAUCCAGAGUCUGGAAGUAAAUCUAUUCGGAAUGACAAAGGAUCUCUGGAGUCUUCGACUGCUGUGUACAGAAAGUGCAUUCACUGCUCAGAAAUUGUAUCCGUACAGGCACACACAAGUCCCACACCGUCAGCGUUAACUUACUGACACGGCUGCUUGCCGUCAAAGGCUACAUACUCUCGGAGAGAUGAAAAGUGUUCACAAUACUAAAAAAAAAAGUGAUUACUUCUGACUUUUUCUUCCAUCCUUGGUGGAAACCUAAGCUUGCAUGCUUCUUUAGUACUGCUAUGGAGCUAUGAGGCUGAUGUAAAUAAAACGUAACGGAUCUCUGGCUCACCCCGAAAUACUACCAUAAAUACAUUAUAUUUGCUUUAAAUGACAUUCAUUUGGUCAGUAAUAGAUUUUUUAAACUUAGAAAUCAGGGAAAUACUUUAAGAGGCGGAGCCUAGCAGGGUAGACGGAUACCAAAUAAUGAAAAAUAGGUGAUUCCUAUUCAUGCUAGCAAUUUUGUACUAUAUACUGUGUACUAAUUUACUAAAGCAAGUCUAGUACUGGUCCAUAGCCAACUGAAACAGUUAGCUACAGUACCCUUCCUAGCUCCAGUGUGCAACAAAAUGAGCAAAGACUGGACACUAGAUAUGUUACUGUUCUCACCUUGAUGUUUUUGUCAAAAAAAAAAAAAAAAAAAAAAAAACGUAAAAGCUUUUCCCUCUGACUGAUAAAACAAAGAGCUGACAUUGGAGACUUCUCCUGAAAAAUGCUUACAAAGCUUCCUAAAGAGUUUUAAAAAAUAGUUGCUGUGGCUGCUGUCCCUUGAGCUUCUGAUAUAAAAUGAUCUUCUGACCAGUCAGAAACCGAGAAUUCAACAGCACUGUGUUUGAACACUUUUUCCUUUCUUUCUCCAUGAGAUCGAUGACAUUAUGCCCUCUAAAUGUUUCUAUCAAAAACAUCUUUCUUUUUUUUUUUUACUUUAUCUCUUUGAAGGAUAAUACUGUGGCCUUUUCUCUACCAAAGAUAUUUUGAAAAUCUGUAAAUUUGUAAAUCUGAACUCUCGGAAUCCUGACUUAAUCCCUUAUGGUGCUCUGAACAUUUAAACCAGGAUUCUAUAUCCUCUUCUUCUUCUUUUUCUUCUUUUUUAAAAAAUUCCUGCCUGAUAUUUCAUCAACCUUAACUCUUGUAGAAAACCGAUUAUUUCUGAAAUGUCUCGUUUUCAGCUCAGGCCCGCUUAACCAUUAUGCUAGCUCAGGCCCUGCACUCUUAAGAUUGCUAAUCACUGCCUCGAUGUAGAGACGGGGUCGAAACUAUCAUGAAAAUUCUUCACUAGCGGUGUUUAAAAGUGUAAUUGACAAUGUAACUGUUGUAGAUGCUAAUUGUAGCUAGCUAGAGCAAGAGCAAGCGAAGUUAGCAUGACAGACUGAUGAGCAGAGGUUAAAAUACAUGGUUUUAAGUUUCCAAACGAAUCUAAUUUGUCCCGUUUUGGUUGAAAAUGACCUUUUUAAAAAAUUUUUUUUUCCUUAAUGAAGCUAUAUAUGAGUAUAUAUAUAUAUAUAUAUAUAUAUAUAUAUAU